UAGUAAUGACACGUUUCACGUGAAGCAUGUUUCCUUGAUAAAUAAAAAGUGAAAAAAGCCACAAGUUGAUAAACAAUAAUUUUUUGCGAUUAUGUCCACGUAGAUUGAAGGAGUUAGUGCUUAAUAUUAAAUGUUAAUUGCAUCAUAAAAGCAAAAUGACAAAGUUAAUGCAGUGGUUAGCCGGUAUCUUUGCCUUUCUGGCCAUUUACAUUCCACUUGUCACCGGCAUGGUUGAAAUUGAGAGUCUCCGGAAUUUUCAGUACGAAGUUAAAAUCCUCCCAAUUGUUCUCAUUGCCCUCUUUGGGAUUCAUUCAAUAAAUGUGGUUUUGUAUCGUACCUUCACAAUCCGGGACUGCAAUGAAGCAUCUGAGGAACUUCAGAAGGACAUUGCAGACGCCCGGAAGGAUUUAACUGCAAAAGGAUUUAAAUUCCGGGACUAAAAACUAGAAAUUAUUUCAUAAAAUUAAAUAUAUUUUAUUAAAAAUUUAA